CUUUCAGGUACAGCGCUAACUUAAAUCGAAAAGGAGGAAAGCUUCAAAAUUUUCAAGUCAGGAACGGGGGGAAGAGGAGGGCCACUACGGUAUUUUGCAGCUUAGCGCCCAGUCAAAGACUUUAGACAGUCCAAGGGGCCAGCGCCACAUUGCAUUGAAGUCAUCGGUUCUGACCAUGGCGUCCCAUGCCCUCCGGGCACCGACUUUGCCACGUUGCCAUUAUGGUGGCACAAUGCAGAGAAGUGCGCUUUCCAAAAGCAAGGUGCCGUCGCACACAUACGGUGGCUCACAGCAUUUGCGACAUGAGUCAAGCUUUCUGGGAGGUCCCCUGUUCGCCGCACAGAGUAAGACCGUGAGAGGUCCCAAACGGAGUGGCGGGAAAUGCAGGGCGGUUGCAGAGAACGGUGUCACCGACCCAAUUCUGCUGAGAGUUGCAAGGGGAGAAGAAGCCGAAAGGACACCGGUGUGGUUGAUGCGGCAGGCGGGCCGCUUUAUGGCGGACUUCCGAAAAUACUCCGAUAGGAUUGGCUUCAGGGAGCGUUCAGAAACAUCGGAGAUUGCUAUCGAGCUGUCUCUACAGCCGUGGAGGGCAUUCAAGCCGGACGGGGUCAUCAUGUUCUCUGACAUUCUUACCCCCCUGCCCGCAUUGGGCAUUGAAUUCGAUGUCAUCAAGGGGAAAGGCCCCAUCAUUCCGGUGCCAGUAAGGUCGCUCGACCAAGUAAAAGCAUUGCGGACAAUGGACGACCCAGCCAGCACCCUUCCGUUCGUGGCCGAGACCCUCUCUGCCCUCCGGAAAGAGAUCGACGAGCAGGCAACGCUACUGGGUUUUGUAGGCACACCUUGGACACUGGCAGCAUAUGCGAUGGAGGGAAAGGCGGACAAGCACCUAUUGAAGACCAAGACCAUCAUGUAUCAUGAUCCCGCCACCCUUCACGCAUUCCUGGACCACCUCACUGAAGCGUUGAUCGCCUACGUCUGCUUUCAGAUUGAGAGCGGGGCUCAGGUCGUCCAACUCUUCGAUUCCUGGGCGCACCACCUGUCGCCGACCCAGUUUGAGGAGUUCAGCCGGCCGUAUGCGGAGCGCGUUCUCCAGGCAGUGAAGGCGAAGCAUCCCAGCGUGCCCCUGAUUUUCCACGCGAACGGGGGGACCGGGAAGCUGCUCCAGAUGACCCCCCUGAGCAGCGACGUGUUGGGUCUCGACUGGAACACGGAGAUGCGGGAAGCGAGGGCGCUGUACGGGCCGAAACGAGUGUUGCAGGGGAAUGUCGAUCCGAUGAUCCUUCUUGCACCCGAGGAGGUAAUUCGAGAAGAGGUCAGCCGAACAUUGGCCGAUGGAGGCGACCAGCACUUGAUUCUAAAUGUUGGUCACGGGGUUAUCCAACAAACACCGGAGGAAGCCGUGGGCCUCUUCUGCCAGCUGGCACGAGAAAGCCACCGGGCCCGCACGCCUGUGUCCAGCUUAGGAUAGGCUAUAUAUCUGCCUGCCUGCUCAAUUGUUGCUGCUAUAUCCGUGCUCAAAGCUGGCUAGUCGUGCGAAAUUCGUCCCAAACAAGAAUACAGAUCCGUUGUGUUUGAGCGGCCCAUAUAGGCUGGUGUGUGUGGAACCCUGGUCAAUGCAAUCCAAAAGUAAACAGACCCGUUGUCGUUGGUUUUCUG